UCUUUGUAUCCCUCGCUCAGAGGGGAUAGCCUAAGUUUAGACCCGGUGAUACUUCGGUCGAGUUCAGUGCGAAACCACCAUCCUCUCGAAUCACUUUCUUCACACUGGACGUGCUUUUCGCGUGGACGUCGCGUUUCGAUCCGAGCAAAAGGCUCGUCGCGAUCCGGAAAAUAUAUUCGAUAUUUCGCACCUGACAAUUUUUCGAGAGGAAACAAAAACAUAAGGAAACACGAUCACGAUGACAUAUAGCUGGGAUAACCGCGUUAAUUUCAUAGUGAAGUUUCUAUAUGACAUAGAUAACAAUGGAUAUUUGGAUAAGCACGAUUUCGAAUGCAUGGCAUUGAGAAUGACACUGCUCGAAGGCAAAGGCGAAUUUAAUUAUAAUCGGUAUCAAGAAAACCUCCACGUCAUGAUCUCCUUAUGGGAAGAGAUAGCUAACCUGGCAGACUUUGAUAAGGAUGGCCUUGUAACGACAGAAGAAUUUAAAAAAGCCGUUCAGAGUAGCUGCGUUGGUCGUUCUUAUAAUGAUUUUCCCCAAGCCAUGAAAAUGUUCAUCGAUACCCAUUUCAAGAUACUUGACAUAAAUGAGGAUGGCGUAAUUGGUGCCGAAGAAUUUCGGUAUGACUGCGUUUCAAGAAUUGCAGUGGAUAACAUAGAAGUUCUUGAUAAAGCUUUUCAGAAUCUUCUAAACGAUGAUGACAGAAAACGCGGUGGAUUGACUUUAUCACGUUAUCAGGAAUUAUAUGCUCAAUUUCUCGGUAGUCCUGACGAUAAUAUCCCGGCAAUCUACCUCUUUGGACCGAUAGGUUAAAAAUCAUAACUUGACGCGUCAUUUUUCAGAGGAGUAUAAAUCCUCACAUAUUUAUAUGUACAAAAAGACACAUUUGCACAAAAUAUAUUUAAGGCAUAUUAAGGCUAUAUUAAUUCUAA